ACUCAUCUCUGCUCAUCUCUUCUCUCAUCUUCUCUCUGCCAGGAAUCAUUUUUAUGACAUCACAAACUCUUCAAGAGGUCUUCCCUCUUCUCCAUUUCUGUUAUUUCUAUAGCAUCUUCAGGUAGUUCGAGACGGCGUCGCGCUCACCAAUGAGCGGUAGUGCGUGUUUUGAUUUAUAGAAGAGAAAAGAUAUACAGCUCGUUGGACAUACAGUCGUUCUCUUUUGUCGUGAAUUCAGUGAACACUAAAUUCUCAAACAGGGUUGUAAAUUUGGACAUGGCCACAUGGGACGGCUCCUACUAUGGAUCUGAAGAACCUAGCUACUAUGUUUAUCCUAGCCAAAGCAAUACAACUCCUAAUCCUCAGAAUUGGAGUUAUUCCUCCGAAGGUCAGAACCAGACUUCUUUUCAAAACAGGUCUGCUGGUUACCCUCAGAAUGGGUCUGUUGUUUUCAAUCAAAGCGGAGCCCUUGGCUUCCAGGGAGUCAAUGCUACUACUGUCCCACCUAAUGUAGUUCCACCCAAUGGGGGAUCACUGCCUAACAUGUAUCAGGAGCAUGCUGCUCCAACUGCCAAUUGUGAUAUCUUUAAUACUGUAUAUAAUCCUGAAUGUUUCUAUGAGGAUAACCGUGUAAGACAGCGUGCUCCGAACUGGGUUUCUAAGAGUAGUAAUGACACAAAAAAUAAAAAUAACAGCAGUGGUAGUACAUCUCGAUUUUCUGGAAAACGAAAAACAGUUGACUCUAAUGUCGUAAAGCACUCAAAUUUACAGGCUACGGCCAAUGAAUUUAUUCCAAAUAGCGUGAAAUUUAGCAGAAAAAAUACAUUUGCUAGUGGUAAUAAAGAUCGGAAGCCACCACAAAAUUGCAAUGUAGAAGUUGCAGGUGAGGAAACAAAACAGGAAUUAAGGGCAGGUUCGGUAAAUACUUUUUACAUGGACAAUCGAGGUAGGUUCAGUGAGAAACGGCAAGGAAAUCGAAGGAAUUUCAAUUAUAAAGGUAAUGAAUUACAAGAAAAUCAAUAUCGAAGUGGAAGUACUUUUGUAAGAUCACCAAAAGGAAACUUCCACUCACAUGGAAAUGUUCAGAAUGACAGAAAUUAUAGUGGGCGAAAGAACACGAUGCGACAUUCAGAAGUACGAGCGAGUGAAACAACAAAAUUAGCAGAAGCAUCUGUAGAUGUUUCUGUUAAUGCAAACAUAGCUUCAAGCGCAAAUGUACAACUUAACGAUUCUCAAAUUCAACAUGUUGGUAAUGCAAUUAACGAAUAUGAUGGUAGUUACAAAAUUGAUCAGGCAUAUACCAACGAGAAUGUGUUUGAGUCAGCUGCAAAUUUGCAACAAUAUGAUAACCACAGUAAUAAGCCAAAUUUCUCGAUUCAAGAUACUGAUUCUGAAAAUACCCAAAUUAACAAUGGAAGAAACUUACCAAAUGGUAGUAUAUCUGCAAAGUAUCGGGAAAAAAGAGAUAGAAAUGAUGACAGAUACGAUUCUGGUUAUAAAGAUAGAAGAAAUAAUUAUCAAGACUAUAAUGAUUGUAAAGGAUAUAAUUACGAAAGAGGGGAGAAAAUGCGAGAUAGGGACAGGAAUAGGGAUGUUUUUCGAGAUUCAGAAAACUGGCGGAAAAAAUCUGAUAACAGCGGUAAAAUUAGUAUUAAUCAAAGAAAGAGCAGCAAGCGAAAUGAACUAGAUGACGACGCAAGUCAAAGAGAAAGAUUAACGGAGCAGUUAAACAGAGGUCAAUUGGAAUGUCUCGUAUGUUGUGACUUUAUAAAACAGAAUGAUCAUACAUGGUCAUGUCAAAACUGUUAUCACGUACUACAUUUGAGAUGUGUGAAAAAAUGGGCAAAAUCAUCACAAAGUGAGAAUGGUUGGAGAUGUCCAGCUUGUCAAAAUGUCACCAUGGUUAUACCUGAGGAAUAUUUUUGCUUCUGUGGCAAGAUGAAAUCUCCGGAAUGGAACCGUCGAGAUACUGCUCACUCUUGUGGUGAGACUUGUGGAGGCAUCCGAUCUAAAAACAACUGUGCUCACAAAUGUACUCUUCUUUGCCACCCGGGUGCAUGUCCCUUAUGUAUAGCCAUGGUUACAAAAUACUGUGGAUGUGGCAGAACCUUUAGAACUGUUCAAUGUAGUAAUACAACAUUACUGACGUGUGAUGAAAUUUGUGGCAAAGAGUUGAACUGUGGCAAGCACACCUGUGAGCAAAAGUGCCAUCAUGGUGACUGUGGAUUCUGUGAAAAAAUGGUUCAUCAAGAUUGUUUCUGCGGCAAAUACAGUAGAGAUGUGAGGUGUGAGCUUAAUGUACCAUCUUUGUAUACUUGCUCUAAUGUUUGCGACAAAUUGUUGGACUGUGGGAACCACAGAUGUACGGAGCAGUGUCAUUCAGGGCCUUGUGGAUCGUGUGUGCUAAAGCCAGAGUCAGUAACGCACUGUUGCUGCGGUCAGACUCCAUUAGAAAAACCUAGGGAAAGUUGUUUGGAUGAAGUGCCAACAUGCGAUAAAGUCUGCAACAAACCACUUAAAUGUGGUCAGCCCAGUAAUCCCCACACAUGUAAGGCCUUAUGCCAUCAUGGUGACUGCCCUGCUUGUGAGUCUACAUCUAAUGUCAAAUGUCGCUGUGGUAAUAUGGACAAGGAAAUUGAGUGUAAAAAUUUAAUGACUAAAGCUGACGAUGCUCGCUGCGAGAAAAAGUGUACAAAGAAGCGGUCUUGCGGUAAACAUAAAUGCAAUCAAUUAUGCUGCAUCGAUAUUGAACAUAUAUGUCCAUUGCCAUGUUCAAAAACUCUCAGUUGUGGCAGGCAUAAAUGUGAGCAAACUUGUCAUAAAGGUCGGUGUCAACCUUGCUGGAGGAGUAGCUUUGAUGAAUUGUACUGUGAGUGUGGAGCUGCUACGAUAUUUCCUCCAGUACCUUGUGGAACAAGACGUCCAACCUGUGACAGACCCUGUUCGAGAGACCAUCCUUGCACGCAUGAAGUCUUGCAUAAUUGUCACAGCGAGCCAGUCUGUCCACCAUGUACUGUUCUCACGCAAAAGUGGUGCUAUGGUAAUCACGAGUUAAGAAAGGCUGUGCCUUGUUACGUAAAUGAAGUUUCGUGCGGUCUGCCAUGUGGCAAACCUUUAUCUUGUGGACGUCACAAGUGCAUCACAAUAUGUCACUCCGGCCCCUGCGAGAAACCAGGGUACGUUUGUGUACAACCUUGCACUACUCAGAGAGAAUUAUGCGGUCACAUUUGUGGCGCUGCUUGCCAUGAAGGCAAGUGUCCGGAUGUACCCUGUAAGGAGACGGUGAAGGUUACCUGUCAGUGUGGUCACAGAAGCAUGACCAGAGCCUGUGCUGAGAAUUCACGCGAUUACCAGAGAAUUGCUAGUGGAAUCUUAGCUAGCAAAAUGGCAGAUAUGCAGCUAGGUCAUUCGGUGGAUUUGGAGGAGGUCUUCGGUCAAGGAUCGAAGAAGCAAAACCAACUGAAAACUUUAGAGUGUAACGAUGAGUGUAAAACAAUCGAGAGGAACAGGAGAUUGGCUCUAGGGCUGCAGAUUGUUAAUCCUGAUUUAAGUGGCAAAUUAAUGCCCAGAUAUAGCGAAUUCAUGAAACAAUGGGCCAAGAAAGAUCCGUACUUCUGUCAGACGGUACACGACAGACUCACAGAACUAGUACAAUUGUCUAAGACUUCUAAGCACAAGUCUAGGAGCUACUCUUUUGAGAUUAUGAACAGAGACAAGAGACAGUUUGUGCACGAAUGCUGCGAACAAUUUGGCUGUGAAAGUCAGGCUUAUGACCAAGAACCCAAAAGGAACGUUGUCGCAACGGCUGUCAAGGAUAAGUGCUGGCUUCCCAGUCUGAGUCUGUUAAAAGUUGUGCAACGAGAAAAUGGCCAGAGGAAGGUACCUGGACCUAUGCUCAACUCUUCGAGGAGUGGUAUUUCACUGCGAAACGUGGACGUGUUGCCAUUAGCUACUAAGAAACUGCAGAAAUCUCAGACUCCAGCAUCGAGAUCAAGAUCGCCUGAGCCGGAAAUAGAUUAUUUCGAUUACAAAGGUUAAUUGUAUAUUUUUCUGUACGUGCUGGAUGGGUAAAGUGGUUAUAUAGAAAUGUUCAAAAUAGAAUCAAGUACAGUAUCCUGGAUAAUUUGUUAGAAAUGCGCUCGCGACUUUUCAAUUUAAUAAUCACGUUCAUGCGAUUAAUUUGUCAUUGGCUGGUAGAUUAAAUGACGCAAGAUAAAGGUUUGAAAUGCAUUAUUACGUAAAUAGAACCGCCGAUUAUUCGAUUGGCGAAAGGUUAUAUUCACUGUUACCGUUGUUUCAUUAAAUAGCUUGCACCGAAUUGAAAAAAAAGAAAAAAAGGCUUGAAAAUACAUUUAACAAUUAUGAAUAUGAAUAUAGUUAAGUGUUCGAUAGAAAAAUAUGGUAACUUGAUGCAAAGUGCCACAGAAGUAAUAUAAGAAAUGUAUAUUCAAACAUCAGUUAACGAGGUGAAUGGUCAAUUUGGUAUUAAAUAAUUAAAUUUACAAUGAGUUGAGUCCUACGAUACUUCUGAUAAUUUAAAUACAUGCACAACUUUGACUAGGUUGGAGAACAUCGACCCCCUCCUUAUUGCUUAUACAAUUGUAAACAAUAUGUACGAUGUUCUCAAUUUCAUAGGCUUACGAUUCUAAUACGAUUCUGUGGUGAUCGCUGCAUGAUGUAAAAUAUAUAAAACAGGCAAUUUCAA